AGAGCGUUGCAUGUGAGGGACCAGGAAUUGAGGAGGAGAGAAACCAAACCCCCUCUCCAUAUCUCUGGCGCCGACGACUCUCUUGCCGAUCCUUCUCCCUUGUCUUCGUCCGACCAUUCCCGCCGGACGGGGGUUCCGGUCGCCGGUGGUUCCCCGGGGGGCGGCGGUGACGGCGAAGACCAUCCCUACGGAAACCCGGUCCACCGUCUCUUUUCCUUCUUCCUCCCGCUGAAUUUACUUAAAGAAUCAUGGAACGAAACCCUAGCAGAUUACAUGAGUCCUCCAGAAGAAAUCAGGACAGUGAUAUUGAUGCCCCAUCUAACUCAGUAUCACGUAGUAUUCACCUGAGCUUGGAUUCAUCUAGUCAAAGGAAUUUCAUGAGGAGCGCUUCAUUUGGUACAACUAGUAAUGCAAGUUCUUGGAGACGGAGUUCUAUUAGCAUUAGCCCGAAAGUUGAGGACGUUCCAAAUGAGACUGCUGCACGGGUGGGAGUUAGUGGGGAUCGAGCAGUAAGUGAUGAGACGGUCAUUAGGGGAGCAAGACAGGACUCAUUAAGUGGAACGAGUAGCAGGGGUUCUCGGCAGAGGGGUUCAAUUAGUCUUUCUCGGGAUGUGGGUGACCGGAUACUUGAUUCAAUCAGACUAUCACAUGAAUUAGCAGAUCAUAUACUUGGGGAUGUUGAUAGCGCGAUGGCCCAAGUGGGUGAUAAAGGGGAUACUGCAGUAUUUGAUGACAGGGUAGAUGAUGCCAGAAAUGAUGAUAAUGGACCUACAACUUUCUCUGAUGAUGCAUUAAUAAUAUCAAUUGGCAUUCAGUCCCAUGAUACAAGCUUGUCUUCACCUGUGUCACCAUUGAUGGAGGAGAUCAUUUCUCCUCUUGCAACUGAUGCCAUUCUUAAUUCAACCGUGAAGAAUCAAAUACAAAAGAGUACAUCACUCAAAGACGAGCUGUACAGGCUCCCUCGAAGACUGGACUACAUUUUCUAUUUGAUUUUCUUAGCUGUUUUUGGAAUUUUGGGGGAAUUUACGAGGUACUUACUACAAAAGCUCUUUGGCCCUGGUGGUCCUCUAGCCUUCGCAGGGGAUGGUGCACUUUACCUUGAUCUUCCCUCUAAUAUGUUAGGUUCCUUUCUCAUGGGGUGGUUUGGCUUUGUGUUCAAAGCACAGCUACGUGACGUGUCUGAGCAUUUGGUUGUUGGACUGACUACAGGGUACCUGGGAAGUCUCACCACCUUCAGUGGCUGGAAUCAGAAAAUGCUUGAAUUGUCUUCCAAGGGUCAUUGGGUGCAAGCUGUGGUUGGCUUCAUAAUAGGGAUGUCCAUGGUUGGUAUAAGCAUCCUUGUCGGGGUUUCAUCUGCUGAGGGACUACAAAGAAGCUUUUCAGGCUGGUUUGACAGGAGGUCAAGGAGAGCUGGAUGCAGCCUGAAAAACUUGAGAGUGCAUAGCUUCAUUCAGCAUGUAAUGGUCAUCACAGUUAUGUUAUUGCUAUGGGGCUUGUUGUGGGCUUUGAGUGGGGUGUUUGCUAGGACCAAGUUGGAUAGUCUCACCAAUGGUGCUGUUCUUUGGUUGGGGUGCUUCGUGGGACCUCCAGGUGUGUGGCUCCGCUGGUACUUGGCUAGGUACAAUGGCCGAGGGCUGGGAUGGAAAGAAAGGCUCAGAUGGCUCCCCAUUGGGACCUUGUCGGCAAACAUUCUUGCGGCAUGUCUUAUGGCUGCACUUGCAACAAUAAGCAAAGCGGUAAACACAAAGAGAUGUUCGAUCGUUGUGAGUGGAAUCCAAUUUGGCUUCCUUGGCUGCUUGAGCACUGUUUCGACCUUUAUCGCCGAGGUGUUUGCCAUGUGGCAGAGUGGGCACAGAGGGAGGGCAUAUGCUUACACUGCCAUCACCAUCCUUCCGUCGUUUGUAUUGGGAACUCUUAUUUACUCCGUUCCUGUAUGGACAAAGCAUUACAAUUAGUAAGAGUCACCUGAAAUAUUCUGCAGACGCAGUGAGGUUUGGUUAUAGGUAUGAUUUCUUAGGAAUCAUCUUGGUGUAAAUGGAGGGUGAGCCUCAGCGCAACGAUGAGGAUGCUCCAAUCCUACUAAGAUCCUACAAUCGCAGGAGCCUCAUGCACCGAGCCUUCCUAAUUUUUGUUUCUUUUUGCUAGAGUGUAAAUGGUUAUGAAUUGCGUAUAAGCCCCAGCCCAACUUGUAGAAUACUUGGGGAUUUGCUUCUGCAUCUGAUGUUCCAAUUUUAGUAUUGUUCUCCCACAAGAUGCAGGAGUAUUAUUAGCCUGUAGAUUAUCAUAUGAGAGGUGUGCUUUAGUAGCUCCUUACUGUUUUGAUGCAGAGACAUGCAAGUAUGAUUCUCUUUUCUUCAUUUUA